AUGCAGAUUCGAUCCACUACGCCCUCCGGCGAGAGGACAACAUCGCCAGCGACAUCGAGAAGAAGUUCGCACAACAUCGUUCAAGCACAAUCUAUCUCACAGACACCGACCAUACCACAAGUAACACCGACCAUACCACAAGUAACACCGUCUGCCAGCGCCUUCUUGCAGCAGGCUGCGAUGAUGAAGCGCUAUCGGCUCGAGGGCAACGCGUUCUACCAACAGGAGGUGCACAGGCGACGGAUCACACCACCCACAGGCACGCACCCUGCGCUUCGCACACGCAGCGACUCUGACAGCUUUUGUCCUUUGCAGCACGUUGAGAUGCUUGAUCCACGUGGCUCGACACUCACUACAAUGUCUUCGUUCAUCGAUGCUGCCAAUGUCGCGCACGGCCCUUCGCCACCCAUGGGCCUGCUUCCCGAGAAUGAGCGCUUUGCUGAGCCGACACAUCGUGGCAUUAUCGAGGAACUCCGCGAGCAGUCCAUACAUGAAGCCUCCGGCUCGGAAGAUGAUCGUACACCUGUCUACCAAACGUACGCUCCGACCCCAAAACCAGAGAGCUCGGAAUUCACAAGUCACACUCAGCCGACUGGACACAGGACACCACGCAAGUCACGCGUUUUCUUGCCGCGCAAAGAUACUGGCACUCUACCAGGCAGCAUCCCACCGAAGAGUCCGAAGAAGACAUUCUUUAAGAAGCUAGGCAUGAAGCGCACGAACACAACACCCUCUCCCUCUGUGAGCACUCUCACAGGCCAUGAGGUAUUCGUGGUAGACGAAGCUGGUAUUCCAGUGAAGGCACAAGCAGUGUUGGGUGCAUCUCCCUCGAAAGCCACUCUCAUUCGCUCGCCAUCGAAGCAGAAGAAGCUCUUUCCUUCUUUGCGCAAGGCGGGUGAUGUGACGAGUGUUCCGCCGCCGACAUUGCGCUCACCUACAUCAAUGACGAGCCAAGAGACCCCACGUACAGCAGGCAGCUUAACGAAGACACCACAAAUUGCCUACACUGAUCCGACGCACUACAGCUCUCUGAACAGCAGGCAUAUACCAUCCCAGACCUUGUCUGAAAUGGGUGCUCCUGACUCGCAGCAGGUAGCGAAGUGCGCCAUUCAGCGCUCGCAGAGCCUCAAAUACUUCGACUCUGGCGUACCACCUACACCACCAGCGAAGAACACCCCCCCAAACAUUAAGGCUGCUCGUGAAGCUGCUGCGGCAGCUGGGACGCUCAACGUUCCUCCAAAGCUUACGGAGAGCACGCCUUCCAAGUCUCCUCUCGGUGUUAUCAGCACAAGCGAUCGCAUCAGCCCAACUAGGUUCGGCAGCUACGCGCACAAGGAAACUGCCAGACUAGUUACCAAGCCCAGUAUGUACUCGUUGCACGCCUCAGUCGUGCCCGAGGUCAUGGAGGCGAGCACUUUCGAGGAGAUGAAGGCCCGAAUUGAUGGGCUGGGUCUGGAAGGCUUCAGUUUGCCGGAGGAGACGCAGUACCAGCGUUCACCUGAAAUGAUCUAUUCACCCAGCAUCUACGGCAGUGAAUGGGAUGUUCGGCCGAGCAUGACCGAGAAGAACUCGCGUGCGUCUAAACGCUUCUCAGUUCAUGAGUUGCCUGUUCUGGCGGAAGUGUCUGCUGAGCGCGAAGGAAGCCAUCGCGCCAAGCAGAGCUCAUCUAGUGGUGGGACCAUACCCGUCUGCUAUCCCCACCUGGCGUCCGAUCACGCCAUGUCUGACUCGACACCUCUCAAGAGCGGUCAUGUGAGGUCGAACACCAGCCCUGACCUUGAGCGUGUCAAGGGCGAGUCGCUGAAGUCGGAGAUGCCUGUACAUGGUCGUACACACUCGCGCGACCACAGCAAUAGUCCGAGGCAAUCGACCGACGUCAACAUUUUCGCUCUACCUGCAGAAGAGCUGUAUGACGCGGAACUUGCCUCGCCAGCGUCCAAAUACUACCCAAGUGCUAUGCCGUCUCCAUUGCACUACCUGCCGGCUACCGUGUAUACACCUCCUGUAAAGCGCACGAGAGAAGAGCUUUUCCCACCCACGAACAAGAACGAAUCAUCGUCUUGUCAUGAUAGUGGCCUAGGUAUUUCGCAUCAGAGAUCUGCUUCGUCUUCGCCAGCUCGCAGUCAGAACGUGCUGCAAGGUGCGCCGAAGUGGCAGGCCCCAUCCGACUCACCUCCCCUCUCCCACAUGUUUCAAUUCGGUAAGACGACCCAGAAGAACCUCGAACCGGAGAAGUCGGUCGCAAAAGAGGGAGAAAAUUCCAAAAUGGACAAAGUCCUUGCGAUGCUCCAGACGAUCUCGACCCGAAGCAACAAGGUCGAGGAGCUAAAUGAAGAGAUGCGUGCCACCAAUAUCAGUCUUGAGGGCCGCCUGGGUCGUAUGGAGGAUAUGCAACGUUGUUCAUCGCCGGGUAGCUCCUUUCUUGGUUCGGAUGGGACUUCCAGCCAGCGAAUGCAGGAUGACAGAUUGUCAGGGAAACAGCAGAAGCGUGUGUCGACCUCCGUGGCACACGAUUUUUAUCGUCUUGGUCAGACGCAGGAUGUGCCGUCUUCGCCACUGAUUAGUCUGUCUAGUGCGGAUGAGGAUGUGUUGGAGGACUCCAUGGGUAUUCACAACGUCGGAAUCGAGACAGAGAACGAGGACAAGAUUGCUGGACUUACGAAGGCUAAUAGGGAAUUGACUGAUUUGCUGGCUGGGUUGGCCGCGCAAUUGGCGGAGAUGAGGAAGAAGUUGGAUGAGCAGGCUGGAUAG